AUGGCCAUCAUCCACCUCGUUCUAGUGGCCUUCAAGCCAGACGCCACUCCCGAGGCCAUUGCAGAUGCCAACGCAGGCCUCCUCGCCCUCAAGGACAACUGUCUCCACGCAAGCACAAAAACCCCCUACAUCAAGUCCGUCACAGGCGGAAUUAACAAUUCUCCCGAAGGCCGCAACAAUGGCUUGACUCAUGGUUUUAGCUUCGAGUUCGGCUCCCUCGAGGACAGGGCAUACUAUCUCAAGGAGGAUCCUGCUCACCAGAGCCUAGUAGCCAAGCUUGUUCCCAUCAUCGAGAAGCUCACUGUCUUUGACUACGAGACUGGUGUGUUCUAG